CCCAUAAAACAACCCAAUUUCCUUUUUAUUCCAUUCAAUCAAUUUAAUGCGAUUCUUGAUUAAACCCCCCCACCCACUGCUGCGAAUCCGCCAAAUCUAGGCGCACCCAUUUUCCCUCCUUCCGAUUCCGCCCACCCUUUGCCUCGCUACUCUUCUUCCACUCAACCCCUUUUCAAGCCUUCUUCUAGAUCCUUCUUUUUCUCUUCCUCUGUGAAGUGGGUUGUCAAUGUUGCUGUCUCGAGGAGAUUCUCUGAGUUGAUCCAACAGUUUUAGGUCUUUGGCUGGCUCUGGAGAUUGCAAUAUGAGUGAACAUUUUCCAAGGCUGAUGCUGAUGAAUCUUUGCGAGUGUCACUAGUGUUCUGCCGUUUUCUAUGCUGUCUCAUUUGAGUAAAAAUAUGGGCUUACUGUGCAGCAGAAAUCGCCAUUACAAUGAACAAGAUUCUGAGGAGAAUGCGCAGGCUGCGGAAAUAGAACGGCGGAUAGAGCAGGAAACAGAGGCUGAAAAACAUAUACAGAAACUUCUUCUGCUUGGUGCCGGAGAGUCUGGAAAAUCCACCAUUUUUAAGCAGAUUAAAUUGUUGUUCCAAACUGGUUUUGAUGAGGCAGAGCUAAAGAGCUAUAUUCCAGUCAUUCAUGCAAAUGUGUAUCAGACUAUAAAAGUAUUACAUGACGGUUCAAAGGAGCUUGCUCAAAAUGAUAAAGAGUUCUCGAAGUAUGUUUUAUGCAGUGAAAAUAAGGAAAUUGGGGAGAAAUUAUCAGAUAUCGGAGGUAGAUUGGAUUACCCACGUCUAACUAGGGAGCGUGCGGAGGAUAUAGAGGCUCUUUGGAAAGAUGGUGCGAUUCAGGAAACGUAUGCUCGCGGUAACGAACUCCAGGUUCCGGAUUGUGCGCAUUAUUUCAUGGAAAAUUUGCAAAGAUUAUCUGAUGCAAAUUACAUUCCAACUAAGGAGGACGUGCUCUACGCAAGAGUUCGUACAACUGGUGUCGUUGAAAUCCAGUUUAGUCCCGUCGGUGAAAAUAAGAAGAGUGGCGAAGUGUAUAGACUCUUUGAUGUUGGUGGACAGAGAAACGAGAGGAGAAAAUGGAUUCAUCUUUUUGAAGGCGUUACAGCAGUAAUAUUUUGUGCUGCCAUUAGUGAGUAUGAUCAAACCCUUUUCGAGGAUGAACAGAAAAACCGAAUGAUGGAGACCAAGGAACUCUUUGAGUGGGUUCUGAGACAAGAGUGUUUUGAGAAAACGUCGUUCAUGCUUUUUCUCAACAAGUUCGACAUAUUCGAGAAAAAGGUUCUAAAAGUCCCUCUCAGUGUGUGUGAAUGGUUCAAAGAUUAUCAGCCGGUUUCGAGUGGAAAACAAGAGAUCGAGCACGCCUAUGAGUUUGUGAAGAAGAAAUUCGAGGAGUUGUAUUUUCAGAGCACGGCACCGGAUCGGGUAGACCGGGUGUUUAAGGUAUACAGAACAACCGCGCUCGACCAGAAGCUUGUAAAGAAGACAUUCAAGCUUGUAGAUGAAACUUUGAGGCGGCGAAAUCUCUUCGAGGCCGGGUUAUUGUGACCUUAUAAACAGCUUCCUCACAGAAAAGAAAAGAAAAAAAAAAGAAAAGAAAAGGAAAAUGAAUGGUUUGCUUGUGUUUGGUGAACAAAUUUAUAUUGGAUUUUCAUUAAAGUGAUUUAAGGUUGAAGCUGAAGAAGGAAGUUGGAAGUCUGAUUCAUUGAUUUAAAA